CAGAAGAGCAGCGAGGCUGGGGAAGGGACUGGAGCACAAGUGCUGGUCCUUCUGCUGGUGGUUCUGACCCUGGGUAGCAGUUCCCAGGAAACUCUCUGGAAUCCUUGGAGAAAACACCUGGGGGAAAGACGGAGAGGGACUCAGGAGGGACAAACUCCUCUCUCCUCGGUGUCUCGGCUGUACCCCUGCCAUUCCCAGAAGAUGAUCUGCUAGGAAACCAGUCCAUGGAGCUUCCAGAGGACUGGGAGGACUGGGAGGAGCCACAGCUGGACACCAGCCAGGGAUUCCGAGGACUCCUGGGACACACCGGCACUCCCAGAGCCAAAGGCACCAAGGGAGAAACGGGAAGUCCUGGAAAACGGGGGAUCCCAGAAUCCAAUGGACAGCAUGGACCGAAGGGGGAAUGGGGAGCAGCAGGGAAGGAGGGAGCCUCGGGAAUUCCUGGGGACAAAGGAGCCAAGGGAACCAAGGGAGUUCCUGAGCUGGGAGGCUUCAAGGAGCAGAUGGGAGGGCCCGGGAAGCCUGGAAUGUCCAGGGUGGAUGGACCUCGAGGGCCCCGGGGAGAGCUGGACCACAGGGUCCUCCAGGGAGAAGAGGGAAGUGCCAGUUCUGCCUCAGGGCCCCCCCGGGCACAGAUGGGCCAAAAGGAGCCGCAGUGAGUGUGGAAUGAGCCAGCCCCAGCUCCCGGGGAGCUUCCCGAGCUCCCACAGCCUUGCAGAGCUCUGGAUGAGCCCUGGAUGCUCCAGGGGACAAUU